UGAAUGUAUACACACACACAGGGCUGUUGUGACCUCUUCCUUUUUCUUGCAUAACCAUUUUGGUAUUUGUGGAUUAUUGUUUUAGGUCUGAAGGGGAGUGGGUUUGACCCAAGGAGCUCAAUUCCCCCCUAAUUUUUUGAAGUUUCGGGGGGGGUGGGGGGAAUUUUGCCCACCGAGAGCUUCUCAUGGCGGCCGCUCGGAUCCAAUAAUUCCAUCAAUUACGUGGAUUUCCUCCGAAAAGAAUUGUUGCGGAUAUGGGAACAUUUUGCUGGAGGAAACAGAAUUCUGUGUUGCUGUUGGUACAAGUGUAGGAAAAAGAAAAUUUCUAUAUCUUCUCUUCUUUCGCGUGCAAGAUCGUUUGCAAGCCAGUAGAAAGAGUAGAGAAUGGACUGUAACAGGGAGAAGGCCCUCAAGGCAAGAGAAACCGCGGAAAGGAAAUUCAAUGCAAAGGAUGUCAAGGGUGCCAAGAAGUUUGCCUUGAAGGCCCAAAAUCUCUUCCCAUCACUGGAUGGCAUAAGCCAGAUGAUUGCCACUCUGGAUGUUUAUCUUGCAGCAGAAAAGAGGAUCCAUGGGGAGAGUGACUGGUACGCGAUUCUCUCGGUGAAUGCCUUUGCAGAUGAAGAGACACUCCGGAAACAGUACAGGAAGUUAGCUCUCCAGCUACACCCUGACAAGAACAAGUCUGUAGGGGCCGAAGGUGCCUUCAAGCUCAUUUCCGAGGCUUGGAGUGUGUUGUCUGAUAACAAAAGGAAAAUGACAUAUGAUCAGAACAGAAAUGUCAAUGGCUAUCAGAACAAAGAUCAUUCUGUUCAUAGUAAUGCCAAUGGUUUCCACUCAUCUUCCAACGCCUCGACCUCCAACAAAAGAGCUCGAAAGAGCAACAAUGCUUCCGGCCCAUCUGCUGUCUCUCAGUCUCAUACAAUAAAUUUGAACACGUUUUGGACAUCAUGCAAACAAUGCAGGAUGCAGUACGAAUACCUCAGAAUUUACCUUAAUCACAAUCUUUUAUGUCCCAACUGCCAUCAAGCCUUCUUGGCUGUUGAGAUAGGAAUUCCAGGUAAUGCAGCCAAUUCUUCUAUUCCUUGGUCAGCCAAGCAGCACCAACAUAAUUCAAACCAUAAUUACACACUAAAAAAUGGCUAUAGUUCUGGGUUCAGUACCUCCACUUUUCCUGGAACAGGACCUACAGAAUCCCAGAAUGGGGGAAAUCUUGAUUCUUAUAGCCAUCAGAACUUCCAAUGGAGCUCUUUCAGUGGAUCAGCUGGGACUGCUAGCACAACAGAUUCUGCUUUCCAAGCUGCAAACCUAAACCACAAGAAAUUUGAGAAAAUGAAAAGAAAGCAUGAGAAGGCACAAGCAGCGGCUCAGAGGGAAGAGUCUUUCCGGACAGAUGGUCAUAUCUAUAAGAGUACAAUCGACGAAUCUGGAAAUUAUAAUGCUGGUCACACUGUCAGUGGUUAUGGUCGGGGUCGAUCUAUAUCCAAGGUUGGCAGACCAGCAAAAAGGAGAAGCAAUGGUGAUCAAAGCAGCAUUUAUCAUCAAACAGAUGAGGCAGAGAAUUUGCAUACAAACGUUCAGAAAACUGUUAACCCUGACGUUCAAAAGGCUAAUUGUGUUCUUGAGGAUAUUCCUAGAACUAGAAUGACUGCAAGACAGAACAAUUUUGUUAGGGAGUUUUCACAGAUUAAUAUUCGACAAAUGCUGGUAGAGAAGGCCAAGGCAACGGUUGUUGAAAAGCUAAAAGAAUGGAACUUAGCUCAAACAACCAAGUUGGGAGAAAAAGAGAAAUUAAAGCAGAAAAAUGGACAAGAAGCAGUUGUAAUGGAUGGGGAUACAGGCAAACAGGCCUGCUUGGAUGAUUCCCAUGAUAAGGAUUCAACACAUGACCAUGAUGACAAUUUGGAUAAGAAAGUCCUUAAACUUGUAUCGAUCGAUGUACCUGAUCCUGAUUUCUAUGACUUUGACAGGGAUCGCCAGGAGAGGACUUUUGAAGGUGAUCAGGUAUGGGCUACGUAUGACAGUGAAGAUGGCAUGCCACGACUCUAUGCCAUGGUUCAAAAAGUUCUCUCUCUGAAUCCUUUCAGGAUCCGCAUGAGUUUUCUUAAUUCGAAGUCCAACAGUGAAUUGGGACCAAUUAACUGGAUAGACUCUGGAUUUGCAAAGACAUGCGGGGAAUUCAGGGUGAGCAGAUAUCAAAUAAGUGAUACAGUUAAUAUAUUCUCACAUAAAGUUAGAUGGGACAAAGGUCCCCGAGGAGUCAUUAGAAUUGUGCCUAAGAAAGGUGAUACUUGGGCCUUAUAUAGGAACUGGUCUCCAGAUUGGAAUGAGCUCACACCUGAUGAUGUGAUAUACAAUUAUGAAAUGGUGGAAGUACUCGAUGAUUAUAACGACGAGGAUGGUGUGUCUGUGAUUCCAUUGGUGAAGGUUGCUGGAUUUAAAGCAGUUUUCCAUCGACAUAUGGGCCCAACAGAAAUUAAGAGGAUCUCUAGAGAAGAGAUGUUUCGUUUUUCGCAUCAGGUUCCUUCUCAUCUGCUUACAGAUGAAGAAGCUCAUAAUGCUCUGAAGGGAUGCAUUGAAUUGGACCCGGCAGCAACUCCUGUUGAACUUCUUCAGAUUAUUACAGAAGUUAAGGAAGAUUUGGGGAUGGAGGCAAACGAACAACAAUCAGGUAAUUGAUUUGGAAUCUUUGAGGGGCUUUGGAUGAACCUUUGUUGUCGAACACAGUGAACUUGUCACAAAAUCAAGUCUCGUUGAGCUUCUAUUCUCCAUUUCAUCAUCUUCCCCCCUUUCUUUUUUUCUGACGACGUGAAUUAGGAUGUCAGGCUAGAUGGUCGAUUCACUUGUCUUCUGUGACAGUCAUUGUUGAACAUGUCUAACUAUUAACUCUGAUCUCUUAUGGAGAUUGCUGGAGAUAGAAAUCGAUUUAUGGAGACUACAUUUUAGUGUUAGAACCUGAUUUCUUUCUUUCCCUUGGAGGUCAAACUUCCAAUGUCAUUAAAGGUGAGUAUGGUUCUAACAUGAUAGUUUCAUCUAGUUGAUUACUAGUCAAAAGCUGCCAAGAUACUCUUCUGUAUCCCUGUCUUCUAUGUUUCUUUAAAUGUGAUAUGUUUUCAUGUA